GCUGCACUGUCUUUGUGCAUAAACCAUUUUAAUUUCGUGAAAAUGAUUUCUGUUUUUUUGAGAAAGAAAAAGGAUAAAAAGAAGGGAGAACUAUAUAGCAACAUUGAACGUACAUACCAUAAUGAAGAACCGGAAUAUCAAAAGCUGGUUGGAAUAUUCAGAGGAGAUAUUCGACUUCGUUUGAUCCCAAAACAAAUUUUGCACUUGCUGUUUUUAAUUGAUGAAAGGGAAAAGGAUAAAAUAAGAAAAAUUGGAGAUAUCGAUCCAGCACUUGCGACAGACUUACUUUUGGACAGUAUAAAGUCUUCACCCGACCCAGGCAGAUGGCGAGAAUUCCUAAAUGCUCUUGAGAAAACCAAAUUCACAUGUCUGCUGAAGAAAAUAAGACGCCAUGAAAUUGUCGAUGACACGGAACAAAGGAAAUACGUAUCAAUUAUGAUGCCGCAGCUUCGAGAAAUGAUUAACCCUCGAGAAAUAAUGGCACAUCUCUUGCACCAUGAUCUCUUGAUAUCGGACGACAAGGAAGAAAUAGAAUGCGUGAUGUCCAACAAAGGAGCCAUUGAAGCUUCGGAAUUAUUAUUGGAACGGGUUUCCGGGAAACAUCCGAAUUGGUAUGGAAUUCUUACAAAACUGCUUCUAAAGCAUGGACACAAAGGUGCUGGGGAUAUGCUUAAGGUCGGUUUUUGCAAAGAACCUACAACCACGCAAAGGUAUCCACCUCGUUCUCAGUCAGACUCAGAGUUAAUGCGAACCGGGAAAAAAUCAACUAGAGCGACAGAAGGAGCUAAUAAACGACCUACAACACAUUUAGAACAUGGCUAUACCGAUUAUUCAUUGCGAACAUGUACUGAUGAAGAGGAUGAUGAACGGAUAUACGCGGCUAUCGACGAUACUGAACUUGAUACACUAGAAGAAAACAGAAAUUGUUAUAAACUUGAUGGAGGCAUUCACAAAUCAUUGCCAGACAGAAACGUACCAACGAGACUGCUGAGGAAAAUGCGCGAUGAGGUAAAACCUGAAGUACAAUUCACUGGUGGAGCAACUUGUUCAGAGGAAGAUAGCAAAUGUACUUACGGGCUUACACCUGCCGAGGUCUACGAAUAUGAAGAUGAAAGUUUUUACCUGCAUUGUUAUUCUCGUGACCUUGGCGCCAAAAGUCGUACAACUAACACAGAACUUUGUUCUGCAUAUUCGACUCAGACCGAUUAUGAUGAUACAGCGAAUGUUGAAGAGGAUAAAAACAAAAUAACACAGAAAUACAGAUCAAGAUCACCACCCUUGUUACCGUUGUUACCACCUCGUAGACCAAUAGCGACGACACCGGAUCUGGUGCCCCCUACUUUUCCAGAUGACUAUGGAGACAUUUAUGAAGGAUUUGAUUAUGUGCAAGUUGUAAAGCAAUACGAUCCGAAAUAUAGCGGCCAGCACUCCCUUAAAGUCGGAGAUGUGUAUCGCAUUCAAAACCCUCUACUAGGUGGAGAUGACGAUGGCUUCUAUCGUUCGAUAGAGGGCAAAUUAAUUCCUCAAGACAAUGUGAAAAUAUUUCACAAGAAACCAAUACCCACGCCGAAAAAGAGGACCUCCUUGGCUAAUGAAGAUGGCGGUUACAUGCAAACUCCAAAACCCGAUAAACAAGCGCCUCCUUCAGAUCAAUCACAUCAAAACGAUACUGGCAAAAAGUCCGACAGAGAUCUGCUGAUAGAUCUAUUAGAAGCAAACAAAAAUAUAAUGGAAUCCCAAAAAGAUAUCAAGUCGUCAAUUGCAGAGCAUCAGAAAAUACUGAAUGUAGUGUUUGAAACACCUAUUUACCAAGAUUAUUACAAUUCAAAACUGACAGGGAAAUGCCAGCGACCACCAACAGACGAUAACAACGACUGCUACGAAACCGUAAAUGGUUAUUUGGUAGCUGGCCCAGGCCCAGUUGUUCCUCCCCGAGAUGACAAUGGAGAGGAAUCUGAUCAUCAUACCGAAGCAGACGAAGGGGAAUGCCAGCGACCACCAACAGACGAUAACUACUCCUGCUACGUGAUGAAGGGGGAAUGCCAGCGACCACCAACAGACGAUGACUACUCCUGCUACGUGAUGAAGGGGGAAUGCCAGCGACCACCAACAGACGAUAACUACGCCUGCUACGUGAUGAAGGGGGAAUGCCAGCGACCACCAACAGACGAUAACUACGCCUGCUACGAACAGAUGGAACCUCGACACAGCAACACAAUACACAAUGUAUAUUUAUAAUGCAUCAACUGUGAAGUGGACAUUUGAAAGUGGUGAAAUUUGAUUUGUUUUAUGUUUGUACAUACAAGUGAAAUCAAUUCCUCCUUUUUCAUUAAUCAAUGCAUACGAUAGAGUACUAUCCAGGAAACAUUAUCAGUUUUACUUCACAUGAGUAAUUUAAACAUUGUUUAAUACACGAGUAAGUAUGUGUGUAAACAUGAUAAUAGGUUUUGGCUUUGUUCGAUUAAAUUUUUAUUUUGCUAAUAGAGGCUCUAUCGUAAAUGGUCAAAAAGGCAACAUUCGGGAAAAAAUCUUGCACAAAUGCAAGUUUUGCAAAUUGUAAGUAUCAUUAAUACUGAAUACAAAAAAACUGGUACAAUACAUGAAAUGCCAACGUAUGUUCAAACCUUGUCUAUACAGUCACUGGGAUUAGAGUGAAGUUGUGCACACAAACUGGUUUAAACCACCAGUAAAUUUACAUUUUACUGACCGUUCCAAGGCGUACCUAACAAUCCUUGAUAAACAUACCUAGUUUUUUAUAUAUAGUAUGUAUGCAAUGUGCUAUUUGUGGAGUUUUGUGCUGUUCUUCCAUGUUUCUUGCUUGUGAUGUUUUUGUGUACUAUGUCUUUGGCGUUUACCCAGUGCCAUUACACCGGGUUUAUGUUUAAACUGUUUGCUACUGAGCUUGUUUAUUCAGUUUUUCACAUAAGUAUUUGAAUUGCGUUAGUUACAAGAUUAAUAUAAAAAUGGAAGGCCGCUUAUGUACAAUAAUGUUACAGAUAGUAUCACGUGGUAAUAUUGCAGGUGCUUGUGCUUAUGUAACCUAAUUCAGUGCUGAUUAUGUUUGCUUAAAUGUAGGUUUGUUUUGAGAUAAUCAUAACUCGGGAACAGGACUGUUGAAAACAUUGUUUUUAACAGUUAUAAUGUUGAUUUAAUUGGUAUAACAAUUUCGUGUAAACCUAUGAAAACGUAACUUAAAAUACAUCGUCGCCCGUUUGUGCUAUUUUACAUUCGUUACAAUUAUUGCUGGAUUUUAUUGUUAAUUCCUUAUCCGUCCUAUAACAAAACAGCUUGUAUGUAUCGAUUAAUUGAAAAAAAAUGCAUAAAUAACGUCUAUAUUUGUUUGGGUAUGUUGAAAUGGCCAAGAAGUUAAAGAUUCAAAACAAUAUAGAGGUAUACAUGCAUUUCUUCAAUUAAUCAAUAAGUACAUUUUUUUGUAAUAUGUCAAAUAAGUAUUUUAAAAAGAUUAUAUUACAUAGUCAAUACUAUACGAACAGGCUUUAGUAUAAUCUCGCAGUAUAUGCCCCUGUAAACAAACGCAUUUUUGUAAUCCUACGUGUCAUUUCGUCAGAGUAGUCUGUCACUUGUAUAUGUUUAAGGCACUGACACGUUUUGCAUCAAAGGAUUUUUCUAGUAUUAUAUCUCAGCCCCGAAAGCUUUUUUGAGACUUUGUUAUUGGGAAAGUAGCAUAUGAGUAUCUCUAGCAGAUAGACACGAUGUUUUAACAUAAUUUCAUUUGUUUUGGCUUAGAAAUAACACCAUCUUAGCUAAAUCGACUUAAACAUUGUCGUGUAACAAGAAAUUGUCCUUCCAAGUCCUCAGUUUCUCAGUUAAAAUAAUACAUAUCUCCAUCUGUACCUGUCAACUCUUCAUACACGUGUUUUGAAUGAAUUUAAAUUCAAAUUUGAUUCAGAAGUGCUUAUACCAUUUCACAGUCCAAUUAUUUACCAGUGUUUGUGAGGUAUACUAUCUCAAAAUUAAAUAAAACUUUAAUUACGAUUUUUUUAUGGGUUUUGUAGAUACAAACUUUAGUCGACGAAUAUGAUAAUUGGGAUCUCUGACUCAGUCGGCAAAAUUAUUAUGGAAUAUAAUUUCUUACAGAACGAUUUGAAGUACCAUCGAAUCUUAAUGAUAUAUUUUGUUUCUUGUGACAGAACAGAACCUUUACCAACCAAAUGUAUAAAACUGCUAAAUACUCCUUCGAAAUGUUUAUUGAUUGGGAAAUAUUUAUCCAGCUCUUACAAUCUACCAAUCAAAUUUUUUUCAUGUGCAAAGCUGUAGGCAGCUAUAAAAUAGACUGCUUGGUCAAAGAACCCUAUCGCCGAACUAGCAACAGUUAUAUAGUAUGUGACAUUUCAUUUAUUUCCUUUUGUAUCGAUACAUUCCAUGGUGAAGAUGAUUAAAAACUCUUUGAUGUUGUAUGUCCAUUGUUAUACCAAUUAUUUGCAUAGUCGUUAUUUGCAUGUGUAUUAAAGAUAUCCAUAUUUUGCUUACUAUGUUCUAUCAGUUUUGCAACUUCAUUUGUUUUAUAGAAAUGGAUUACUUCUUAUAAUUAAAUUUUACUUUUCGUAUGCAUUGUGAGUACACGUUUGACAAAACUGAAUUCCCAAUUUCAAAAUGCGGUUUUUAUUUGUAAUA